AUGGUGGCCGCCGCGACCACCACGACGCUGAGCAUGAAGCUCCUCAUCGACACCAAGGCCCGGCGCGUGCUGUUCGCGAAGGCGAGCAAGGACGUGGUGGACUUCCUCUUCUCCCUCCUCGCGCUGCCCAUCGGCACCGCCGUCAAGCUGCUCGGGAACGACGCCAUGGUCGGCUGCGUCGGCAGCCUCUUCGGCAGUGUGGAGAGGCUCGACGGCACCUACGUCCAGCCCGACGCCUCCAAGGAUGUGCUGCUCCACUCCUCUGUCCUCUCGCCGGCGGCCAGCAGCAAGAGCUCCCUCCUGGGCUUGCCGAGCGGGAAGGGGUUCGUGCAGGGCAUCAUGACGUACACGGUGAUGGACGACCUCACCGUGACGCCCAUGUCCUCCAUCUCCAGCAUCACCCUGCUCAGCACACUCGCCGUCAGGGACCUCGCCGCGCUCCAGGAGAAGACCGUGCAGCUUGGUUAUGACCAGGGUCUGGAGAUCCUCAAGGCGUCGCUGCAGUCCAAGACCGUGUUCACUGACGUUUUCCUGAAGUAA